CAUAUAAAUCUCAAAAUUUACAAAUUGAAAAAUCAAAAGAAAAAACAAGUAAUAAAAAAACAAAUGAAAAUUUAAGUAAAGAAGAAGUAAGUCAUGAAAAACGAACUUAUAGAAAAACAAGUGAAAAUGAAAAGAAAAUACUUGAAAAGAUACUUAAUUAUAAUACUUUUCCCGAAAAUGAAGCUUUUAACAUACUUAAUCAACUUCAAUCUGAAA